AUGAGAUUGAUCGGCACGAAGUCCACUACAGCUGUCCGGACUGGGCUACGACAUUUGCCAGUACUGUUACAAGUCCCAGGUGGCCAAGCGCAAGGCGCAUCUGCCCAGCGUGAAAGGGAAUCACCUGAGAGUCGCCGAGCCUGGAGACUCCUUCUCUUCCGUGGAGGGCGAGAGCGCCUCCUCCGUGAGCUCGGCCUUGUCAUCGCCGGCCAAAGUGACCAGACCCGGCGAUCGGCGGCCAUCGACGGCCUCCACUCCUGGGCCUUCCAUGGAGUCGGCUCGAGGAGGGAGCUCUACGCGGAAGUCGUCCCGGCCCGGGCAAGUCAGCCGCUUCCGCAAGGCGAGCCAGGAGUUCUUGGAAUCCAGCUGGCAGCGAUCAGUGGAGGUGGUCUUUUGGAGCACGCUGGUCUUCGCAGGCGAGUUCGUGGGCGCGCUGUACCUGCAACAUCUGACUACUGCCGAGGAGAUCUGGCCUUUCCCUUUCCGUUUUUGACCGCUUGCCUCUCGAACCUGGUGGCUGGUUUGCUGGUUAUCGCUGUGCUCGCGCUGCUCAACCGGACCAACACCCGCGAGCAGUGCGGUGAGAUCGCCGCGGACGCGGAGGUCGACUUGAAGAUGCAGCUGAUGCUAGGGGUCUUGGUCACCUGUGAGAUCGGCGCUGCGGUGAAGGUUCUGUCGAACGUGCACCAUACCAUGGCGGCCUGGGUCUACAUGCUGACUCCCGUUGCAACCAUCCUGGUGGCCAGCAGCAACUUCUUUGGAAUGGAAGUCUUGCGGCAGGAGCUGCUGGUUGCCGCUGGUGUGGCAUCCCUCGGGGGCAUGCUGGCCGUGCAAGGGCCCUUGCCUUCCAUCGAGGGCCUGAACGCUCUGGGAUGGGGCUGCCUCGCGCUAGUCUUUACUGUGGCGCGGUGUCUUCUGACGCAGGGCGUCAUGUGCCCCACGAUUGGGCAAAGGCCGGGGGCGCUGUCGGUGGCCAAGGCGGUGCUCUUGGCCGGGUGCACCGUGGGGGUGGAGCUGUCAUUGGUUUACGAGUGGCACGGCUUUUGGUCGCUCCCCUGGCUGCCUUUUCCCGGCCGAGUCUUCCAGCAAGUCACCGUGAUAGGCAUUUGUGAUGCCAUCAUGGUCAUUGGACACACCCGGCUGAUACAGAUCACCUCCGCGGCCUUUGGCGCUCUGCUGGUGCCCUUCUACACCGUCACUGUCCUCCCAGUUGAGUCGCUGGACUCUCUGACCACCAUCUCGCUGGUGAACUGGCUGGGCCUCCUGUUGUGCGGGGCCUCCGCGGUGAUGUACUUCAAGGCCCGCAAGAAUGGCACGGAGCCAACGGAAGGCUAUGCUUCCUUGGCGUAG